CGCAGCCCAUAUGUGACGGGCCUUUAGUAAUUAGUGAAUCUGAUUUGGAAUUAGAUAGAAGUUCUGAAGUCCGAAAUGAACGCUGUGAAAGACGAAGAUGAGUUUUGGUACAGCAGCGAGAAGCGGUCGUUCUGCUUUGAGAAUGAAGUUAUGAUUGUGGAUCAAUUGAAGAGCGACACGCAGAAACUAUGGACCGGAAUUUUUAAUACAUCAAACCUUGAAAAUAGCCUUCAGUCUACCAAUGAUCUUCAAACUACAAAAUCUCUUCUCUCAGUUAUAUCUGAAAAGACGCUUUCACGCAUUUUAGACGCAGAUAAUAAAUCAGAGAAUGGUCGUCCAAAAACAGAACAUAAAUGUCUUGAAAUCGAUGUGCAGCCAGACAUCACCUUGAGAGAGAUAUUGCUCGGACAAUCAUAUUCAUUAGAACGAUACAAGUCUCUCGCUAGCAAAACUGCUUUAUUAGAUGCUGCUAUCUCAAAUGGAGAUGGAAAUUCUAUUUUAAUAAUAAUUUUAUUUCUUAUAAAAACUUUAAAACGAUCAUUGGUACAAAGACUAUUAGUGGAGAGGCCGAAUGCAGUAAAUGUGUAUAUUUAUUAUCUGUUUAUAAGGCUGCAAACAAGUGAAAUAACUGAUAUUUUAACAAUGUUAGAUCAUUCUUCAACUGCUGCUAUGAAGAAUCUGCAUAUUAUUAUAAAAAACACAAAAGAUCCAAAUAGACUAUGGCAAAAACUUCACAAUUGUUACAAGGCACUGUUUACCAUGUUACCCAAUUGCAAAGAAACUAUGUUUCUAGAAUCUUAUAUUAAGUUGCUGGAAUGGCAAUUGGCGAUCAAACAAAAAAAGAAUGAUGAGGAACUUGCAUUAAAUUCUUCUAUUCUGGAAUCUCUAUAUUAUGCAUGUAAACACCAUUGCAAUACGCCGAAUGAUUUUGUCAUGAUAUCACCCAUGAUGCUCUCUCGAGACCAUAAUAUUUCUCCUAGACUGUAUCAGAAAGUCACUUUGCAAGUUAAAGCCGCCUGUGGUGGAUGGGAUGACAUCGAUCGUUUACUCUUAACAAAGGGAAUACUUGGUAAUACAAAAUUACAAACACAUUUGUAUACAGAAGAUGUUUUGAAAGUUUUAUACAAAUAUAAUGCGCCACAUGCCGUUCUCGAAAAAUAUUUAAAAUUUAUUGAGAAUCUAGAGAAACGAUUGGAAUUGGCAAAAAAACUAUCUUGCCAUACAAUAGUAAUCGAUAUAUUUGUUCAACAAGGGGAUCGUAUGAUACUGACGGAUUACAAAGCAAAAUUACAACCUCAAUCUGAAGACUAUUUUUAUGCUGAGAGUGCUUUGCAUUUACCAAAUAUUAAGUGGAAGAAUUAA